UCACCCCCCUCAGCCUCCCCCCUCUCCCCCAGGGCAGAGAGUGUGGAAGCGUACAUACACCAAACCAAGGUUCACCUGAGGGAAAUGUUCCAGGAGACGGAGGCGGGCCUUAGCCUGGCGUCCCACUAUGUUGACGUGCGAUUGGUCCAGAGGCAGAUCCUGAUUGGCUCAGGGAAGAACGCCAACAAGUGCCUGGAGAAGGAUCUGGUCGUCAUGGGAGACACUGAGAGGAGGCGGGGCUCGCUGGCCAGAAGUCAGGUGUUCGAGAGCUCCGCGGGGGCGAAACCCAAACGUUCCAUCGUGUUGCUAGGCAACGCCGGCAUGGGCAAGAGCACGCUCAUCAAGAAGCUCUGUGUUGAUUGGUCCGACGGCCUCCUGCCUCAGUUUGACUUUGUGUUCUUAUUGGACGGCAAGGCUCUGACCCUCCCCCCUGAGCCGACCCAUAGCCUUCAGUCCCUCCUCCUCCACCUCUCCUCCUCCCCACUUCCCUGUCCCCACCCCCAGGAUGUCUUCAAUCAUGUCCUCUCUGUCCCGGAGCGUGUGCUGGUGAUAUUCGACGGCUUCGAGGUGGUGCGCGACAUGGAGGGGCUGCUGCAGUGUCCAGCGGAUGACAGUAGGGGUGGGACCUACAGCGUUAGACAGCUGUUCUCAGGCUUGCUCCAGAGGAGGCUCCUACCAGGCUGCUCUCUGCUCCUCUCUGCCCGACCGCGAGGCACCGUCAGCGGUCUGCUGAGACGGGCUGACAGCCUCCUGGAACUCUCUGGCUUCUCCCCUCCGGACAUAGAGAGAUACCUGGGACAGUACUUCUCUGGACACUCCCAACAGGCCCCAGCCCCAGCCCCAGUCCUAGCCCCUGUCCUAGCCCCAGCCCCUGAAGAGGAGGAGGAGGAGGAGGAGGAGGAGGAGAACAGGUAUGUUCUGUCUGAGUUGAGCGGUCUGGCCUGGCAGGGGGUUAAAGGUCAUUCAUCUCUCCUCACCCUGACCCUGGAGCAUACCAUCUAUGUCAGGCUGCGGGUGUUUGGCCUGAGGACUGGACUGGUCCAUUCUCACUGGCUGAGGGGGGGGCAGGGCAGAGACUGUGACGGUGAUGACAUCAGUGAUGACAACAUCCUGUCCUGGGCCCACCCCUUCCUGCAAAGCUUCCUGGGCGGGGUCCACCUGUCUGUCUCCAGGUGUGUGUCUGACCGAGCCCUGCUGACCCAGAUUCUACCACAGCCCAGGGGGAGGCGACGGCCUCAGGGAGAGUGUCUGGACCUUGCUCAGCGAUUCGCUGUCGGCCUGCUGUUCCGGAACAAGGCGGAACUCCGGGAUCUGGCCACCCUGGAUACCGGCGCCAUGAGUGCGGUGGUGGCCAAGCGAGCCGCUGUGACGUCACACCUGGAGAACCUUCACCCUGCGGAGCUAAACCCUGCCAGGCUCCUGGAGGCGUGUCACUGUGUUUACGAGACAGGCGACGCCCACUUGGUCAGACAGCUGGUGCGGAACCUUCCCGAGGUUCUGUCCUUCCAAGGGGUUCCGCUGUGCCCCGUCGACGCCUUUGUGGUGUGGAACCUUCUGGACCAGUGUAGAACGCCGAGGAGGAGGUUCUGUCUGGGGCUGGAGGACACAGGACUGAGAAUCACAGGGCUAAAACUACUAACAGGUCUCCACAACAUAAACUCCUACAGGGCGUGUAUCGCUGACACCAUCACCCUGUGGGAGGAGCUAGAGCAGAGUGGCGAGGAGGAGCUUCUGAAAGCGGCUGUGUCUAAGUUGACCCUUAACCCUUUCAGAGUCACACAGGUGUCCCAUGUACAACACCUGUCUACACUGGUCAAGAUACACACAAACAGGAGACUGUCUGACAACCUGUCAGACGGUGUCCUUGGGGAGGGCAUCCCUGCAGUCAGAGAUCUCCACAAGCUGGAGUUUGAGUUGGGUCCAGUGAAUGGGCCCCUGGCUCUCCCUAAACUCCUGGAGCUGCUGCCGGCACUGCACAGUCUUCAACAUCUGGAUCUGGAGAACAGUAAACUGGGGGACAGCGGAGCGGAGGGGCUGGCUGAAGCUCUGUCGUCUCUCUCCUCUCUGCAGAUUAUCAAUCUGUCUCAGAACUGUAUAGGAGACCAUGGACUAGAGAGACUGGCUCCUGCCCUGUCUACCCUCCCCUCACUGCACUGUCUCAGUCUGUACAGUAAUGUGAUAUCAGACGGGGGUGCUGACAGUAUGGCCGCUGUUUUACCUCAGAUGACAUCACUCAGCGACCUGGAUGUAAAGUACAACAGGUUCACAGCCCUGGGAGCUCAGAGUCUGGCUUCCAGUCUGAGGGAUUGUCCGUGGAUCAAGAGUCUGGGGAUGUGGAACGCGUGUAUUCCCUACGGGGUGUUAGAGAGACUGCAACAACAGGACCCACGGAUUCAGCUGCUCUAGAACAUUGUUCAAAUGUUGUUUCUAACAGAACCCCAGAGGAUACAGUCACUCCGAGAACAUUUUUUUCUGAAUAGGAUUCUGAUAUACAACUGUUCUAGAACUGUGUCUUACCAUCAAGGAUAGGGAAACAAACCCACUCUAGAACACGGUCUAUGGGGUUCAGCCAACUUUCCCUUGAAGCUGUUCUCAGGGUUGCUAUUGGUUAUAUGCACUGUUCUACAUAGAGAUCCUAUUAAAUGACUAGAGGGGGUCUAGAACACGGUCUAUGGGGUUCAGCCAACUUUCCCUUGAAGCUGUUCUCAGGGUUGCUAUUGGUUAUAUGCACUGUUCUGCAUAGAGAUCCUAUUAAAUGACUAGAGGGGGUCUAGAACACGGUCUAUGGGGUUCAGCCAACUUUCCCUUGAAGCUGUUCUCAGGGUUGCUAUUGGUUAUAUGCACUGUUCUGCAUAGAGAUCCUAUUAAAUGACUAGAGGGGGCAUUGUCAUAAACCCUCAAGGUUCCAGAAAUUGGGGUGAAAAUGGCAGCCAUCUUGGUCAGGGAGAAAUCCAAACCAGUCUAAUUGGUAUGAAUGGCAGUAGAGGCAGAAUCCUGAUUUUUACUAUGCAGGACAAUAAAAGUUAGACGUGAUGUAUCAGAAAUUGUGUGAUAGAAUUAUUGUCAACCUAAAAUAUUGUCAUAUAAUUAUAAAUACAGUUUAUACGGGGUUUAUACACAUUUGCUGUAUAAAUAACCUCUAAAAUAUAUAUAAACAGACCACAAAUAUCACAAUUUAAUUUUUUAUUGGAAAGCUGUGAGUGCUAUUAUAUGACACAAUAUCAGUACUUGUUGCUUUUACAACUUGUCUUAGUCCUAUCAUUAACUGAUUUCAGACAGGGUAUGGCUGUGGAUUGAAUGCGUUGUUUAAAUGGAAUGGGCAUAUUGGCAGUUAAUUUGACAUAUUAAUGGAAUCAUUCCUCUGAAACUGGCUGGCUAGCUAGCUAACAAAC